GAGCCUUCCCAGAGCUGCUCGGAGCCGAAGAUGCCGCUCGGAGCCUUCGGCUGCUGAGGGAGCGACAGUGGGAAGGGCAACUGGGAAUUCAGAUUCGGGAUCUGGAGGCAUCUGUGCCCGGAGCCACGGCCGAUAGAUGGACAAGCCAAGCGACUUCUGACUCCGCAGCGUUUUCCGGGGCAAAAUUCCAUGGCAAUGUAUCCUACAAGGGUGUCCGGUGAGGAGUGCAAUGGGAUCAACAGCAUGGCGGCGGAGAGCGGCCCCGGCACGAGGCUGCGGAACCUGCCGGUGAUGGGGGACGGGCUGGAGAGCUCCCAGAUGUCCACGACGCCGGCCCAGGCCCAGCCCCAGCAGGGCAUCGGCAUCGGCGUCAACCCCCCCCCGCCGGAGACCUCCAACCCCAACAAGCCCAAGCGCCAAACGAACCAGCUGCAGUACCUGCUCAAGGUGGUGCUCAAGACGCUCUGGAAGCACCAGUUCGCGUGGCCCUUCCAGCAGCCCGUGGACGCCGUCAAGCUCAACCUCCCCGAUUAUUACAAGAUCAUUAAAACCCCGAUGGACAUGGGAACAAUAAAGAAGCGCCUGGAGAACAAUUACUACUGGAACGCCCAGGAAUGUAUCCAGGAUUUCAACACCAUGUUUACAAACUGCUACAUCUACAACAAGGUACCCCCGGGGCCUGGAUCCACCUUUUCCCACAGGAUGAAAGGGGCCUUCCCUCCCCCUGGAAUUCUCAGCAGAGAUCUGCACUCCACACCUGGAAAAUCCCAAAGGAUUGGGUGGGAAAUGGAGGAAAAUCCCAAAGAGAUUGGGUGGGAAAUAAUAGAGGAAAAUCCCAAAGGAUUGGCUGAGCCGGCGGCGGCUCCGAGUCAACGGGGCGGGAGCCAAAGGGAACGUUCCGUCGGUGACGUCGGGUUCUUCCCUCGCUGCCAGACAAAAAAAGGGGUGAAGAGGAAAGCAGACACCACGACCCCCACCACCAUCGACCCGAUCCACGACUCGUCGUCGCUGCCCGCCGAGCCCAAGUCCGCCAAGCUGGGCCCGCGGCGGGAGAGCGGCCGCCCCGUGAAGCCUCCAAAGAAGGACGUUCCCGACUCGCAGCAGCACGCGGCGGAGAAGAGCAGCAAGGUCUCGGAGCAGCUCAAGUACUGCGGCGGGAUCAUCAAGGAGAUGUUCGCCAAGAAGCACGCGGCCUACGCGUGGCCCUUCUACAAACCUGUGGACGUGGAAGCCCUGGGGCUGCACGACUACUGCGACAUCAUCAAGCACCCCAUGGAUCUGAGCACAAUCAAAUCCAAGCUGGAGAACCGGGAGUACCGGGAUGCUCAGGAAUUCGCGGCCGACGUGCGGUUGAUGUUCUCCAACUGCUACAAGUACAACCCCGCCGACCACGAGGUCGUGGCCAUGGCGCGGAAGCUGCAGUUGGUGGUGGAGGAGCAGGAAGGCGAAGCGCGGCUCCAAAAUGUCCCUUUUUCCCCCCAAAAUGUAUAA